GUACAAAUGGAUGACGUAUGGAGAGGCAGGCACUGCACGAUCAGCAAUAGGUUCUGGCCUCCGGUAUCAUGGAUUACCAAAAGGAGCUUGUGUUGGACUUUAUUUUAUAAAUACUCCAGAGUGGUUGAUUGUGGAUCAUGCCUGCUCAGCAUAUUCGUCCAGAUGCUGUGAAGUAUAUUGUGAAUCAUGCCGAUAUUCAAGCUAUUUUCUGUGUGCCACAAACACUUAACUCAUUGUUGAGCUUUUUAUCUCAGAUGUCAUCUGUACGUUUAAUAGUGGUUGCGGGAGGGAUAGAUGAACACUUGCCUUCACUUCCAUCGACCUCCGGAGUUAAGCUGGUAUCUUAUUUGAGACUACUUAGUCAGGGCCGGAGUAGUUUUCAACCUUUUGACCCUCCCAAACCUGAAGAUGUUGCAACUAUAUGCUACACAAGUGGUACUACUGGGACACCGAAGGGAGUUGUAUUGACACACGCAAACUUGAUCGCUAGUGUUGCUGGCAAUACUGUUGCAAUCAGAUUCUAUUCGUCAGAUAUUUACAUGUCCUAUCUUCCUCUGGCGCACAUCUAUGAAAGAGCUAACCAAAUCAUGUCAGUAUAUUACGGCGUUGCUGUUGGUUUUUACCAGGGGGACAAUAUGAAAUUGAUGGAUGAUGUGGCUGCUCUAAGACCAACCAUAUUUUGCAGUGUUCCUCGUUUGUACAACAGAAUCUAUGCUGGGAUCAUAAAUGCUGUGAAAACUUCUGGGUCUCUAAAGGAGAGGCUGUUUAACGCUGCCUACAAUUCGAAGAAGCAAGCCAUAAUGAGUGGUAGGAAGCCUUCACCAAUGUGGGACAGAUUGGUGUUCAAUAAAAUAAGGGAAAAACUUGGAGGACGAGUCCGCUUCAUGGGCUCAGGUGCUUCACCUUUGUCCCCUGAUGUGAUGGAAUUCUUAAGAGUUUGCUUUGGCUGUCAAGUUAUUGAAGGUUACGGUAUGACUGAGACCUCUUGUGUCAUAUGCAUUAUGGAUGAAGGUGACAACUUGUCUGGUCAUGUUGGUUCUCCUAGUCCCGCAUGUGAAGUAAAGCUUGUGGAUGUUCCUGAAAUGAAUUACACCUCUGAGGAUCAGCCUUAUCCUCGUGGAGAAAUCUGUGUCAGGGGUCCGAUUGUUUUUAAAGGCUACUACAAAGAUGAAGUCCAAACGAGAGAGGUAAUUGAUGAUGAUGGUUGGCUGCAUACAGGAGACAUUGGAUUGUGGUUUUCUGGGGGCCGCCUUAAGAUUAUUGAUAGGAAAAAGAAUAUAUUUAAAUUGGCACAAGGGGAGUAUAUUGCACCGGAGAAGGUGGAGAAUGUAUAUGCCAAGUGCAAAUUUGUAUCGCAAUGUUAUAUAUAUGGUGAUAGCUUGAACUCCUCUUUAGUAGCCGUAGUCUCAGUGGAUCCCGAUGUGUUGAAGGAUUGGGCGGCAUCACAAGGCAUAAAGUAUGAGGAUUUAGGACAAUUAUGUACUGAUCCAAGAGCAAGAGCUGCUGUCCUCGCUGACAUGGAUGCAGUGGGUAGAGAAGCUCAGUUGAGAGGUUUUGAAUUUGCAAAAGUCGUGACUUUGGUACUUGAACCAUUCACUGUGGAGAACGGCCUUCUUACUCCAACAUUCAAGAUCAAGAGACCUCAAGCAAAGGCGUACUUUGCCAAAGCAAUAUCAGAUAUGUACGCAGAGCUUUCAACAUCUGAUCCAACUCCGGAGAAAAUGAUAUGAACGGAAAUUCUUAUCACAACAGCAUAAGGAAAAAGUAUUAGUUAGUUCACGCAUUUUUUGUUUUACAUUUUUGCCUAUCAUUUAAUAAAAUUGCAGUAAGCUAAUUGUUGUAAAAUCGUAAAUCCCCUGGGCAAGCUUUUUUAUUGAAGAGGCUGUCUGCUCUUGUUGUAACAUGUUCAAAUAAAUUUUGAUGUCUUUUUCUCAUCCAAAGCUUAUUGGAUUACAUAUUCCAUGUA